AGUAAGAUGAAAGCACUCUUUUUUAUCCUCUUGCUUGAAAUUCAUGAUUACUGUUAUUUUGAGUUCAAACUUGAAAGUUAAAACUUAAAAUCAUGGUAACACACUAACACCUGGGUCUACGUCGUCAUCACACUCCCAACCCUACCCACACUUUUCCUAAUGAAUCAUCACUUUAAAGUGACACACUCUCAGUGACUAGUUUCAUUUCCACCCAUUGAACUUCAAAGUUCAAAUCUGUUUGGGGAGUUUUGAAAAUGGAAAUGGGGACUGUAGCAUGGAUUUUCUUGGUGAUUAUGGUCACAUUUUUCUGCCCUUCCUCUCUUGCUCUCACUCAGGAUGGUAUGGCGUUGUUGGAAAUCAAAAGCACUUUGAAUGAUACUAAGAAUGUUCUGAGCAACUGGCAAGAGUUUGAUGAAUCUCCUUGUGCAUGGACUGGUAUCUCUUGUCACCCUGGUGAUGAACAAAGAGUUCGCUCAAUAAAUCUGCCAUACAUGCAACUUGGAGGGAUUAUAUCUCCCAGCAUUGGUAAACUCAGUAGACUACAGAGAUUGGCACUUCAUCAGAACAGCUUGCAUGGAACCAUUCCUAAUGAACUUACCAAUUGUACUGAGCUAAGAGCACUGUACUUGAGGGGUAAUUAUUUCCAAGGAGGCAUACCAUCAAAUAUUGGAAAUCUUUCAUAUUUAAAUAUACUGGAUUUAUCAAGCAACUCAUUAAAAGGUGCUAUACCUUCCUCUAUUGGCCGUCUCUCACAUUUGCAAAUUAUGAACUUGUCUACCAAUUUCUUUUCUGGUGAAAUUCCCGACAUUGGAGUAUUAAGCACCUUUGACAAGAGCUCGUUCAUUGGCAAUGUAGAUCUUUGUGGGCGACAAGUCCAAAAGCCAUGUCGGACAUCAUUUGGUUUCCCUGUGGUGCUACCACAUGCUGAAAGUGAUGAAGCUGCAGGCCCUACCAAAAGACCUUCACAUUACAUGAAGGGGGUGCUUAUUGGUGCAAUGGCAAUUUUGGGUCUCGUACUUGUCAUAAUCCUUUCAUUCCUUUGGACUCGUUUGUUAUCAAAGAAGGAACGAGCAGCAAAGAGAUACACAGAAGUCAAGAAACAAGUUGAUCCAAAAGCAAGCACAAAACUUAUUACCUUCCAUGGUGAUCUACCAUACACAUCAUCUGAGAUCAUAGAGAAGCUGGAGUCUCUUGAUGAAGAGAAUCUAGUAGGAUCAGGAGGAUUUGGUACUGUUUACCGAAUGGUGAUGAAUGACUGUGGUACAUUUGCUGUUAAGCAGAUUGAUCGAAGUUGUGAAGGGUCUGAUCAAGUGUUCGAAAGGGAACUAGAGAUCCUCGGGAGCAUCAAGCACAUAAAUUUAGUAAAUCUGCGUGGUUACUGCAGGCUCCCUUCUUCAAGGCUCCUUAUCUAUGACUAUGUAGCCCUUGGCAGCUUAGAUGAUCUCUUGCAUGAAAAUACUCAACAAAGACAACUAUUGAAUUGGAAUGAUCGCCUAAAGAUAGCUCUUGGUUCUGCCCAGGGUUUGGCAUACCUGCACCAUGAAUGCAGCCCAAAAGUUGUUCAUUGUAACAUAAAAUCCAGCAACAUACUGCUUGAUGAAAACAUGGAGCCUCAUAUAUCUGAUUUUGGUCUUGCAAAGCUUUUGGUUGAUGAAAAUGCCCAUGUUACCACAGUGGUUGCAGGCACAUUUGGUUAUUUGGCACCUGAGUAUCUACAAAGUGGGAGAGCAACUGAGAAGUCAGAUGUAUAUAGCUUUGGAGUUCUAUUGCUGGAACUUGUAACAGGAAAGAGGCCUACAGAUCCUUCCUUUGUAAAAAGAGGUUUAAAUGUUGUUGGUUGGAUGAACACGUUACUGAGAGAAAACAGAAUGGAGGAUGUGGUUGACAAAAGAUGCACUGAUGCAGAUGCAGGAACUCUUGAAGUAAUUCUUGAGCUGGCUGCAAGAUGCACCGAUGGAAAUGCAGACGAUCGUCCUUCAAUGAACCAGGUGUUGCAGUUGCUGGAACAAGAGGUCAUGUCUCCUUGCCCAAGCGAGUAUUACGAGUCUCAUUCAGAUCAUUAAUGACAAAAAUGAUCCUAUUCUGGAUGUCAUUGCUAGUUCCACUGCACCAAGGGAUAUAUGAUGCGUCUCUUGUUUUGUUUAACUGAUUUGUUGGUAUUUCUUACCCUUUCUGUGUGGCUUUGUGGAUUAUUUUGUAGCAAAUGUGCGACAGAAUAUUUGUCAAUUGUGAAUAGAUUAGUCAAUUGUCUGAACCACUUGUCCCCUUCAAGAAGUCACGGGACAACUUGGACAUUGCAGUGGGUUUUGGUUAUUGGAAUGACCUCCUUUCUUGCUAUGAAAUCUCAUCACUUUCUUAUCCAACUAUUUGUUGAUUU